AUGAGGGAUGCUAAGAUCGUUACCCUCUACAAAAACAAGGGAGAUCGCAGUGACUGCAACAACUACAGGGGCAUCUCCUUACUCAGCGUUGUGGGCAAAGUCUUUGCUCGGGUUAUUUUGGUAAGACUUCAGAAACUGGCUGAACGUAUCUAUCCAGAGUCACAGUGCGGCUUUCGAGCAGAAAGAUCAACGAUAGACAUGGUAUUCUCCCUCCGCCAGCUUCAGGAGAAAUGCAGAGAGCAGCAGAUGCCUUUGUACAUUGCCUUCAUCGAUCUGACCAAGGCGUUUGAUCUUGUAAGCAGAGAGGGUCUCUUCAGAAUUCUAUCUAAAAUUGGCUGCCCCCCUAAACUACACAGCCUGAUUGAGUCCUUCCAUGCCAACAUGCAGGGGACUGUGCAGUUCAACGGCAGAACCUCUGAGUCAUUCAACAUCAACAGCGGUGUCAAACAGGGCUGCGUACUUGCCCCAACCCUUUUCGGAAUCUUCUUUGCCUUCCUUCUGAAACAUGCAUUUGGCGCAUCGAAAGAAGGGAUCUACCUGCAUACAAGAUCAGAUGGCAGGCUUUUCAAUCUUGCCCGUCUCCGAGCAAAGACCAAAGUGCGUGAAGCCCUGAUAAGAGACAUGCUAUUUGCUGACGAUGCAGCAGUAGCCUGCCAUACUCAGCAAGCACUUCAGUCACUCAUGGACCAUUUCUCUCAGGCCUGCAAAGACUUUGGGCUUACCAUCAGCCUGAAAAAGACUAAAGUCCUGGAACAAGGAACAGAAACACCACCAUCCGUUACCAUCGACGAUUACGAGCUCGAAGUGGUCCAUCAUUUUACGUAUCUAGGCUCCACUGUCACUGACAAUCUCUCCUUAGACUUCGAGCUCGACCAGAGAAUUGGAAAGGCGGCUGCCACACUUGCACGCCUCACUACACGUGUGUGGUCCAACCCCAUGCUCACAGAGAAGACCAAGAUGGCAGUAUACAGCGCUUGUGUCAUCAGUACACUGCUAUACGGCAGCGAGACAUGGACGAUGUACGCCAGACAAGAAAAACGCCUGAACACCUUCCACAUGAGAAGCCUCCGCCGCAUCCUGGGAAUUUCGUGGCAAGACAAAGUCCCAAACACAGAGGUCUUGUCUCGUGCGGGCCUGCCAAGCAUGUCAACCUUACUCAGGCAACGUAGACUCCGCUGGCUGGGCCACGUUCAUCGCAUGCCAGACGGCCGCAUCCCCAAAGACUUACUGUAUGGUGAGCUAGCCACUGGAAGUAGACGCAGAGGACGCCCACAGCUGCGAUACCGAGAUGCUUUGAAGCGUGACAUGAAGGCUGUAGGAAUUGACACAGAGACCUGGGAAAAUCUCGCAGCUGAUCGGUCACAAUGGAGAGGAGCCGUUACAAGGCACCUCAAAACAGGAGAAGAGAAGCUGACACAAGCUGCCACAAGGAGGCGGACCCGCAGAAAACUUCGUAUCAGCAACGUCCAACAAACAGCAUACACGUGCAGCACUUGCGGCAGGGACUGCCAUUCACGCAUUGGCCUUCACAGUCAUAGCCGCAGAUGCUCCAGCCAAACACACAAUUAG